UGAACAUACUGCGUGAUUCCUAGAGUCUGCAGUUUGACAGACACUUACACGCGGAUUGAUCAUUGUUCUACUUGUCCUGGGCGUGAACACGCGUAAGAUUUAUGUCACUAUAUAUAUUUGAUAUAUGAAGCAUGGAAAAAACAGGCUUUUAUAUUCUGAUUCUAUUUUUGCGAUUUUCGAAAGAUAUGAUUCAGGCCAUUCCAGACUGUGGGAACGUCACACACACUCAUGCCAUGACGUUUGACAACCGGCUGUUUUCAAGAUGGUUGUUGUGGACAAAACCAUCAACGAAAAGAAUUGAAUGUGCCAACAUCUGUUUCCGAGAGAAAACAUGUGUUAGUUUUCAAGUGAACACAGGAGAAUCUGUCUGUCGGGGGUACGCCGUCACCUUCAACGGAAACUCCGCAAGCGAUCCAGGUCCGGGGUAUAUGCUGUACGAAACUGAGAAAGCUACAGGAUUUAUUGGAUCUACAUGUCAGCAAAAUACAGACUGUUCCGUGACAAGGUCUGUCUGUGUCCACUCCGAGUGCAUGUGUGAUCCAGGGCUAUCCUUCUCACCACAACAAAAAUCUUGUGUUUCAACUUGCACGACGUACGGUCCCCAUUACACUAAAAUCCGUGGCUACUAUAUAGGCGGGAACAACAUGGCUACCUACACCGGCGUGACAGAACAACAGUGCACGGACCACUGUACAGCCAGAACCAACUUUGUCUGCCGUUCUGCAGACCGGCGAACCUCUGACGGGAGGUGUGACCUGAGCUCCCAAACUCUUAUGACUGUUGCCUCAUCGGACUACAGAAUAGAGGCGGAUCCUACAAUUAUGACCCAAUUUUCCAGAGAUUGCGAAGCCUGAUCUGAGCACCUAAAAUGCAUGUUCCUCUAUGAUUCGAAAUCAGCUAAUCAACAGCGAGGAAAUGUAUAUAUGUCCCUAGCAGUACGAUUUAUUCGGUCAUUCGGUCAGUGGUUCUCACUUUGUAAUGGAGGAUUUGGCUUACACUGAGUCUUGUGGUUUGGUUUGGUUUGAUUGUUGUUUAACGCCGCACUCAGCAAUAUUCCCGAUCUCGUUUGUCGCCUCUUACGACAAGCAUAUACUGUUUAUUUAUGUGUUCAUGUUAGACGUGCACAAUGCCCGAUCUAAAUCAGUCCUGAGUACUGUUCUUGCCGUUGUAGUCGAUGUUGCUGAUGAUGUGAAUUAACAUUCGUUGAUGGCAGAGCUUAUGCCUGUCUAUAAAUCCACAAGCAUUUACGUGGGACAUUGUUAAUGCUGUUUUCUCUGAAUAGACGUUUCUUCUAAGGAAUACAAA